CGUAUGGUCGCUAUCAUCGUGUAUUCUUAUCAGCAGGUAAUUGCAGCCUCGGGAACAAAGGUAAAUAUGCAGCGACAAGCAUCUAGUCUGCAACUUUCCGCAACGUCGCCACGGUGGUGCGAUUUAAAUCGCGUGCAAACGAGACAAGAUGAAUGUGAUCCGGCAUCAAUGACCGGACAGGAUCGAUAUUGGUCAAUAUUGCUGCAGUUUCCGAUACUUGGAGUCAUCUUGACCGAAUAGUGCAUCGAACCUUCGUGUUGUUUUCAAAUUAGUCAAUUAUCGGAGACGUCGAAUGUAGAUAGCAAGCGCAUUGCUUCCCAAGAAUGUCAUGUACUAGAAGUUGUUCAGAAACCACGUAUGGACCAGUUUAUCGUCGUAGACGCAUUUCGAAAGCUAGGCACAGUCUUGGAGCACAAAAUAGUCAUAAGAAUCCAUCAGAUUAUGUAAUGGACAAUGAUAAUGAUCGUGAAGGUGAUACAUCUUUAAGAAGCAGAAGUAGAAAGAGUGGAAGAAGUAGAAAAAGCGAAGAAAAUAAUAAACAUAUAGUGAAUGAAGAUGAUGCUGAUUCUGGUAUUAUCUCAACAAGAGUGAAAGACAAACAUCUUUCAAAAGAUUAUCACAAGUUAGAGAAACGCUACAAGAAUGUUAAAGAUGAAUGUGAAAUGUUAAAUAAACAAAUGGAGCAAAGAGAAGCAGAACGCCAGAAAAUGUGUUCGCAUUAUGAGGCAAUGGUGCAAAUGGUACAUGAACUGGAAAACAGUAAACAUGAAUUGGCCAAGAGGAAUCAGAAACUCGAAAUAGAGAGAGCUAGAUCCGAUGAAGACAUAUCACUGUUGAAAAGUAUUGUUUAUCAAUUGAAUACCGAAUUGGAAAGGUAUCAAGACAAAUUGAGCAGCGAGCAAAUCAACAUUAGCACUGCAGAGUAUGUACAAACUAAAGGAAAGCAGUACAGCGAAAGAGUUUGGAGUGGCAUCAACUUUCACGCGUUGGGUCCUCUGUUGAAUGCUUAUCAGGAAAACUUAACGGAAAAGCGAGAGCUUGUGAGCAUGUAUGAGCAAAGAAUGGCUACUUUUGGUAACAGGUGCAAAGAAAUACUCACCGAGAACGAACUUAUGCAUCAAGAAGUAAAGGAAUUAAGGUCAGAAUGCAACAGGUAUGCGAAAGAGAUCAAGACAACGAUCGAGAACACUGCCACGCUGAAGAAACAAAAUGAUCAUCUAGAGAAGAAGAAUGCAGACUUGCAGAAAGAAUUGAGGGAGACUCGAUCAUCCUACGAAUCAAAGGUACAGACGGUAUUAGAACGUAAUGAACUACUUAAGAAGGAGCAUGCCAUUAGUGUAUCAGCUCUGAGUAAUCUUAAAGGAAAAUACGAAGUACUUAGCAAAGAAUUUGAGAAGAUAAAAAACAGGGAGGAGCAGUCAGUGCCUAGCAGCGUUCACGCAGCUGCAAUCGACGAAUGUAAGACAUUGUUGGACGAAUUGAAGCAUCGGUACGAGACCGAGAAGCGGAAUUUAUCUAAUCAAAUCAAACGGAUAGAGGAGAAUCAGCCGGAGAACGAGAAGCAGUUGGUAAUGGUCACAGCUGAAAGGAAUCAUUUGAGAAGUCGCGUAAUGAGCCUGGAAACUAGUUUAAAGCGCACGCAACGUAGAACCGAGUACCUGCGGAGCCUUGCGCAUUCGACUCGUGUUUCACGAGAUUCCGUGAAAGAGCAAUUAAGUAAGGCGACCACUUAUUGCGAGGAAUUGUUCGCCGAGUAUGAAAGAAUUGUUUCAGAGAGGGAGAAGCUUUUGACUCUCCUACGAGAAACAGAAAAGGAGAAUGCGAGCAUCGACCGUCUUGGAAAGAGCAUUACCACCCGAGUGGUUGGUUUAAAAAAUCAGUUGGAAAGCGUUCGGAGAGGCGCGAGACAACAAGUAGAAACCGUGGAGCAGAGGAUACAGUUACAAGAGAUGCGAGUAAGAAAAAUGAAACGUGAAUAUCAUCGUAAGACACAGCAGCUGAAAGAUAUAAUUAAGCAGAAAGAUGAGACGAUAGCUGGUCUGCAAGAGAAGCCUGUUAGCCAAAAUACAGCGUCUCGAUGUGUGCCUCGAGCGAUAAGUAACAAUGAGAAACUCGAAGCUGUUCUCGAAAGUGAAUAUGAUCCCUAAAUCAAUCUUUCGGCUAAUCGGCAUUUCUUAAGCAAGCCGGAAUCUACUGCAAUAGAUUGGACUUUGUAACUGAUUUCCAGCGAGUCUCUUGAUUAAGGAAUAGGUGCUACUCUCGAAACACCAGUCCACCUCUUAUUUACCGACCGUGUCAGUCGCUUUAUUUAGCGGUGACAUCAAAGGAAGCAAGUGGCUACGAAGGCUACCGUUCGCCACCGUAUUCGCUGCGGAUGGUGCUAUGUCUUCGGUAACCACCUCCCGGCGAGAAAUUGAUGUCAUCCGUUAUAGGUAUGAUGUCAGUUACGUUCCGUACAUUCAUAUGCAAAAGACGUGUUUUAGCAUUAAGCCUUUUAUAGAGGUCCAUAAUAGCUCUAAGUAACGAAUUAUAAUACAUCGGGAUUGCAAUAAUUAUCUGUCGAUACGA